AUGCACAUCUCCAGCUGGCUCAAGUUCACCCUGCUCGCGGCCCUCGGCCCCCAGGCGCUGGCUAAGAUCAUCGCCGACCAGGGGGCCGACAAGGGCACGCUCGGGGCCUCUGGUCGCCCACACAUCUUGAGGGACCCCUUGCCUGGCGACGACGACAGCCAUGGCGCCGGCUCCCCUCCCCCCGGAGUUGUCGUCCCGCGCCCGCACGACACCACCACGGCGCCUCACCCCGGCACGAUCCACAACAAGCGGACCAGCGAGGAGCUGAGGAGAUUUCCCGAACUGCGCGAGAACAACCUCGACGAGCACGGACGCGAGCUCAAGUGGGGCGAAGGGAAGCGGCUGCCGCCAAACCUGUGGCCAAACAGUUUCCUGCCGCAGAUGGGCUAUCGUCCGGAGGAGAACAAGGGAGGCGAAAAGAAGGAGCAAGCCCCCUCGCCGUCUCCCCGGCGUGGCGGUCAACAGUCCAGCUUCCCCAAGUCUCCCAGGAGCGUUGAGGGUCGCAUCGCCGCCCGUGCCAACGACCCCGACGCCGGGAAGCAGGGCGUAGACGCGGACGGCAACCCCAUCUCCAAGCUCGGCAGGGUGCACCGCAUCCAGCGCGGCCGUAGGGUCUCGCCCCGCGACGAGGAGCCGGCCGUGCUCGAGGCGCGCGCGCGGCCCGUUUUGACCACCGAGCCCAAGCCCAAGUCGCCCAAGGCCAAGAAGCCCAAGGAGCCCAAGGAGCCCAAGGAUGAGAACACCACCGAGGAGCAGCAGGGCGACCCCCGCCCGCGCGAGAACAACGUCUACAACUGCGACGGGUCGUUCAACAAGUACGCCGCCCGGGGCCUCGAGGCGCGCACCGAGCCCAAGUACUACGAUGCCAACGCGGAUCCUUCGUCGCGCGACAAGGGCGUCCACAUGGACGACGGGUCUAUCGCUCCGCACGGCCGCCGGGUGCGCAGCGGCAAGUCUUGCAGGGCCUAA